CUCGACCACUUCAUUCUACGUGAUCAGAUUGCAAAAGGUGGAGUAAACCAGGCACCGCAUUCAAAGGUUCGAACGCAUAAGGCCUCGUGUUUACCUCAGGUUCGGAAACAGACCGAGAGAGUGGCACAUGCCUGGCUCCUGACUUUACCCUUGACAUCGACAAAGGAUCAUCGCAUCGGGGUAUACAAGCAGCACCCAAGGCCGCUAUCCAUCGCGGAAAAUGCGGUAUCGACGGUCAGAUAGCGAUUCAUCUCAUGAGAUAUCCGUUCAAGCCCCCGUGGCUCGCAGACACAGACACCCCCGAGCACCAACGACGGUCCAGAUCGUAAACGAUGACUUUGACGCCGUGACCCAGGACGUCGACUUUGAGACUGCGUCGGAGAUGCGGGGAUUUGAUGGUGUCACGCAGGUGCAUGUCCACAAAGAGGAGAUAGAAGAUGCCGCACGAUAUAGUGGCGUGUAUGGAGUUUAUGGGGAGUGGGCAGAGAAACAUGAAGUCGACUAUGGGCGAGCUUCUGAUCUGCAACAAGAAGAUUACCUUUAUGCCGAGGAGCUCGCGAGGCGCGUGCUCGAUGCGGGGCUUAACGAUCAAGAGACUGUACAUUCAUCGGACAAGCGGCAACAACAUGUAGGCACUAUAAAGCGUCGUGGGUCUGAGGCAAGAUCGAAAGUCGUUGAACGUGGAACGACGGUCUCCAUGUGGAGGGAAGAUGUUGCGAGAAAGGAGAAGGAUGAAUUUGGGAACGUGGUUGGGAAUAUUGCCGCUGAUAUCGCUCAACGGACCCAGGAGUGGCGAAGCAAGUCGCCGCCAGUGCCCAGAGAUAUAGAGAAUCUGAAAUCAGGACUCAGAAGAAGCCGCUCCAGUGCUUCUCAGACAUAUCGCUCGGAGAGAUUAUACACACCGUCUGAUCUCAACGCGAACUGGUCACCUCAGGGGAAGAAAGCAAAACGCGACAAACAGUGUUCUCCUCCAAGCCCGACACGUUCUGAACGGAUAUACACAAUGGCUGAACUCAAAGCUCUAUCCAAGCAUGUAAAAACCUCACCACUACAACCGCAGCCAGCCACUUUUUCGCAAGAACGACCACCAACCAGGAGUACCAAUAGCAACAGCAACUCGCCUCCACGUAGCCAUCCUAGUAGAAGCUGGCCUUCUGCGCCCGCAAUGGGCGUUCGUUCAACCUCUACGUCAUCGGUUGAAACGGUGCUUUCGUCUUGCGAACCGACGUUGCUUCAUAUAGCACCUAUACUUGCUAGUCUCGGAAUUCGGCGCGAGGAACACCUCCGUGCAUUUGCCCGGUUGCGAGAGGAAACAAGAGACAGGGAGAUGAAGGAGGAGGUGUUGAAGAAAGGUGUGACUGUACUUGAGUGGGCGAUUUUGAUGGACAAACUUCAGUCUUUUUGAUAUGACUUACUAGCUUUGCCUAAAGGAAAUGUCGACUGGUUACUUUCGAUAGCGUACUCAAUAUAUGGGAAUCCUUCCAUAUAUCCCCGACUCUAUGAAGUGGGGAGGGUUUCAGUGUG